UGGAGGUAGAGCUAUUAUGAUUCGUUGACAAAAACAUCGCUUCCGGUGACUGGAACUCGCCAAACUGGUCAUCGUUCAUUUAUGGUUGGCCGUGCCAGCUGGCGGCGCCCUCGUUUUUUAGUAUUUGCAAAUCGCUAAGAAGCCGACGGAGAUGGUUGCCUCUGCAGAGUACGUGGUUUCAGCUGAUCAUCAAUCUGUUCCCUCGCCGGCGUCGUUUGCCAUGGCAGUGACCGACUCAGCGGUCCCCCAAACGGAACUGCAAACGGAACUGCGAACGGAAUUGCCAGCGGAACUGCAAACGGAACUGUCGGCGGAACUCAUGGCGGGCGACUCGAAUCUGAGCCAAAGUCCAUCUCUUCCCGUCGAUAGAGAGAUCAAAGAAGUGAUAAGCACGGAGCCGACUGUCGGUAUGAAACGGUAUUGGGAUAGUCCGCACUCUCCGGUCUUGGGAGUGCAUCAUGGUUUGAGCGAGAGGUCAGUGAGGGCCAGCUGGGCCGGGGGAACAUCGGAUGGCAUGGGUCCAGCAGGGCCAAUGAUGCCGAGUGAAGAACCGAAACCAAUGGAUCGUAGGUGCGUUGUGAGUCAUCGCGAGGUGCAGAAGCACGACGGUGGCAAAACUAGGAGCGAUAUCAUAAUGGCCUCCCGGAGAGCAGAAGAAGCAGCAUGUAGAAGACAGCAUGCUAUGCAGUGGAUGCAAAUGAUGACUGGGGCUGAUCUGCCUUUGGAUCCUUCCGAGGAAGACUUCAGGAAAGUGCUUAAGAAUGGCGUGCUUCUCUGCGAGCUGAUCAAUAGAAUGCAACCCGGAUCGGUUCCGAAGGUCUGUAGUGCAUUCCUCAUCUCGUCCUUCCCUCGCCUAUCCUGUGUGGGUUCCACUGCAACACCUGCGGGAGCCCUCGACGCUGUGCCAGUCCGGCAGCAAGGAGAGACCAUGAUGGCUUUCCUGGCCCGCCUGGGCACGUACAUGCAACGAGUACGGGAGGAACAGCAACGCGAGGCGGCAGCUGAAACGGCACGCCUCCAUGCCAUUGCACGCGACGCGGAGCAACGACGCCGGCAGCACGCUGAAGCAGCUGCCAACCAUAACAAAGCUCGAAAAGAUGCCGCAUCUGUCCUCGUGCAGCAGGAAGCCGCUCAUACUGCCGCACUCCAAGCAUGGAAUGUUGAUCCGGCGGAGACGACAGAACCAACUGCGGAGGAGCAGACCAACUCGGGCGAUGAGCCCGAUGGCCCCUCCUUUGUGAUCGAAAUCCCACCGCAUCUCACAGUGCACCCGGAUUUCCAUGCCUCCAAGAUGGCCACAUAUACACCAGCCAAGAGCGACGACUUCCAGGGCCGACGAUUGCAGGAUCCUCCUUCCAUGGAUGGUCAUCAGGAAGUCGACCGCGUCAUCACGCAACGCAAGCACGGCAACAAGCCAAUGCAGUACAAAGUCUCAUUCAAAUGGUGCGACCGCGAGCACAUGCGAUGGAUUUCCCAGGCAGCUUUGCAAGCCUCCACACCAGAUAUCUACGCUGAUUAUGAGAAAAAAUGGCUAGCCACGGAAGCUGCACAGCCUCCCAUCCGGACUUCAGUCCCUCCGUCCAACAGACAGCUUCGCCCUUGCAGGGAUGUUAGAUUCACCAGUGUGUUGUGGAAGGCUGCAGCUGCAGAACAGGGAACGCAGCUGCAGAUGACUUCCGGGAACCACCCAGAGGCAAAUGGCCAAGCAGAGAAGCUGAACUGCGCUAUAAUCCAAGAUCCGGCCAGCCCAAUGGAUAGCACCCAUGCAGUGUUCCAGUCCUUCGAGAAUAUCCGAAACUUCUUAGCAGCCACAGAAGCAUUGGGAAUACCAGGGUUUCUUGCAUCAGACUUAGAGCAGGAAAGCCCUCUCGUCAGUGGCACGACGACCCGCAUUGUGGAAUGCGUCUUGGGUCUGAAAGCCCUUUGUGAUUAUCGACAGCAGAAUGGACCACGUCCAAUGCCCACAAAUGGCAAUCCAGGAUGGAAGUAUGUUCCUCCAGGUAACUCUCGCUCCGGCAGCUCCGGCAUGAAUAGAGGUUCGCCACUGAGCACUCCGCUUAUGUCUCCAUUAUCGCGGUCCCGAUCAUCAGUGAGGCAAGGCAAUGCGUUCUAUGGAUCCAAGGGUGGAGCUCCAUGCAUGCGCAGGUCCCUCAUAUUUCCUGACAUCCCAGGUUACGCUGAAUUGGCGAAUGACCUAGGCACUGACCUCCAGUAUGAGGAGGAAUGGCGAGAGAGUGGUCUCCACCACCACCACCAUCAUCAUCACCAUCUUCAGCAGCAACCAAUGGUUACCACACCAGGAGGUGGUACUGAUAACUCGGUUAUUUCUGCCGCAGUUGUGACAGUCAGUGGGCAUGGCCUCACAGCGGGCGCAGGAACUCUCAGUCGUUCCAUGUCAAUGAAUGCUGCUUCAAUUGACACCGGUGGAUGGGAGAAGAUCCAUGGUUGUGGCAUGAAUGGUGAGGAGGUUUCAGCUGCGGCACGAUUGAUAAACAUUACCCAAACUCUUAGAGACCAGUUACACAAGGCCCGUUCUGAGCCAAUUGUGACAACACCGAAGGAGACAAGGGCGCCCAUCAGCCAGCUGCUGAGCUCCAUGAUGAAGGGUGAUAGCUGCCCAGAGCAAGUAGUCCGCCGCGUGGAGCUCAUGAUGACGACAAUGCUACAGGAGUUUGAUAGGCGUCUGCUUAUGAAGGAUGAACACAUUGCGAAAAUGAGGGAGAUUAUGACCAUGAUGAAACGAGAAGAUGAGCAUGCGGCAGAGAACCGGAUUCUGGAAGCUCUUGCUCUUGGGGCCACGGAAGAGUCCAAGGAAAGCAAGAAUGGUUAUGAGGAAGAUAGACGUAGAUUAACUGAGGACCUUAUUCGUGCUGAGCUGGAGAGGGAACGGUCUGAAAGGACUGCAAGAGAUGCCAUGGAGGCAUUGCAAAGGGUAAAGAUUGAGGCAGAGCAACAAAGAAGAGAGCUGGAAGGAGGGCAACUUCCUCUCCUUUUGGAGAAGGAGAAGCAAAUUGAGGAGCUACGGCAGCAGCAAGAGCAACAGCAGCAAGUCGUCGCGAAUCAUAGAAGAGCAGUAAAUGAUUUGCGGUUGAUGAUGGAUGGAACAAGAGAGUUUGUACGCAGUCUGGAGAGAGAGUAUAUUAUGGGUAUGCAAGAAGCAGAGACAAGGAUUGUGGAGGUUGCUAAGAUGGCAGAGGGAUAUAGCCGGGUGCUUGCGGAAAACAGACGGCUGUACAAUGAAGUCCAGGACCUGAAGGGAAACAUUCGUGUGUACUGUCGUGUUCGGCCACUUCUUGGCAAUGAGGUGGGAAGGAACACAACAAUUGAGUACUGUGGCGAAAAUGGCGACAUCAUGGUUGUUCAUCCUGGGAAAUCAAACAGCCGGCGGACAUUUACCUUCGACAAGGUUUUUGGAAUGCAGACAACACAAGCGGACGUGUUUAUGGACACCAAGCCUCUGAUUCGUUCUGUGCUUGAUGGCUUCAAUGUCUGCAUAUUUGCUUAUGGACAAACAGGCUCAGGAAAGACGUUUACCAUGUCGGGUCCAACAAAUGCCAAGGAAGGGGACUGGGGAGUGAACUACAGGGCGCUGAAUGACCUUUUCAGUUUGGGUAUUGCAAGAGAGGACACCGUACGCUACGAAGUUGCAGUGCAGAUGCUUGAGAUAUACAACGAACAGCUCCGGGACCUGCUGUCGCCCGACUCAAAUAAAAAGCUGGAGAUUCGUAACAACUCGCAGCAGAAUGGAUUGAACGUACCAGAUGCACAACUGGUGCCUGUCAGAAGCACACAAGAUGUUUUGGAGCUGAUGAAGAUUGGCCUCAAGAACAGGGCUGUUGGGGCAACUGCUCUGAAUGAGCGAAGCAGUCGUUCACACAGUGUUCUGACUGUCCAUGUUCAGGGAAAGGAACUCACUCGAGGCGGGAUGAUCAGAGGUUGUCUUCAUCUGGUUGACCUUGCGGGAAGUGAAAGGCUGGAUAGGAGUGAAGCGACCGGGGAACGGCUGAAGGAGGCACAACAUAUCAACAAGUCACUCUCUGCACUGGGGGACGUGAUUGCCGCUCUUGCUCUGAAGAACAACCAUGUCCCCUUCAGGAACAGCAAGCUAACUCAGCUGCUACAGGAUUCAUUAGGAGGACAAGCGAAAACCCUCAUGUUUGUUCAUAUCAGCCCAGAUGACGAGUCGUAUGGGGAAACCAUUAGCACUCUGAAGUUUGCGGAGAGGGUGUCAUCUGUGGAACUGGGAAUGGCCAAGAAGAAUCAGGAGUCAGCAGAACUACGAGACCUGCGAGAAACGGUUGCAAAUCUGAAAGAGGCAUUGCAGCGCAAGGAUGCAGAGAUUGAGAGGCUGUCCAGCUUGCAGAGGGACUCUGGAAUGGCAGGACCAUCUGCCCAGCCACGGGCAAAAGGGUCGGCGCAGCAGCCGCAGGACCGUGGCCGUAGGUCACAGAAUCAGAAUUCUGCAGAACCUACUUCAGCCGUAUCCAGGCAAGAGGACAGGGGACAGAAUCAGGCACAGCAGCCUUCAUUGGAGCGUAUCCCAUCUGCCAGGAGCAGGCGCAACGUCUCAACUGUUGAUUCAAAUAAUUCCAUGCGUUCUGAAGGGGCGACACCACCACAGCAGACAGCGGUCUCCAUGAACAGGGAUCGGGAAAAUGAGCGAAUGCUGUUACGAGGGAAUUCAAUGCCAUCAACACAUGUGAAGGCAAGCAGCAGACCUUCUACUGUGAUGGAGGACAGUAAUGGAAGCAGCAAUAGUCAAGAGUCAAGUGGAGAGGACCGGGAGUCCUCGGUCUCGGACUCAGGGUUUUCGGCGGAGGAAAUUGUAGGUGUUGCUAAAAGGAUGGCAGAUUGCAGCCCCGGGGAGCCGGUGGCAUCGUCUUCGCCUCCUCUUCAGAACCUGCCCUCGCUUCCCAAUCGCCGGCGAACUCGGGAUGUGGUGGGGGCUAUGUCCCUGCAGCUUCCGCGUGUGCAGGAGGUGAGCUUUGAGGAUUGGAAUGAUGAGAAUGCAGCGGUGGAGGGGACUGCGAUGGGAGUAGGAGGGGUCGUUGGUCAUGACGUUGGCGCAGGUCUGUCGAUGGGGCUUGUUGCCCCCUCGGCAACACCUGCAUCCACUGCCAAGCGAAGCAGGAGCCCUGGUGCUUUUCUAAAAGACCCACUUAGGGAAUCAAAUGAUGACUUUCGGGGUCCAGUUCUUGAUGAAUCGCCUCGGGGAUUGGAAGGAAGGAAAUCGCCACCUCCACGUGAAAUGAGGCCGGCGCCCUUGACGAGGGAUGCAGUGCCGGCAGAGGUUGGAAAGCUUUAUUCAAAAGGUUUUGUCACCCCACCGAGAUCUGCUAGGAGACCUGUGAGCGCGAGGGCCAGCAUCGAGGUUGGUUCAGGAGGCUUCGAAAGGUCUGCAUCGGCAGCUGCAGCACCAGCGCUGUCAGUUAGAUCUUCUUUGCAGGCACAUGAUAUUGCAAGGGCAAGAAAUGCUGGCAGCAGGCUUCCACGGCCCCAGUCUGCAACUCCUGACUCUGCCAGAACAGUCUCAGCACCGCUUUCCUCCAGCAGCUCGCAGCUCCCUAAACCUCCCCAGCUGGCUCGAACGACAUCGCGGUUAAUAUGUGGGGCAUCAAGUGGGACGACUUCGUCUUCGACCUCUGGUUUGGCAUCGGGAACCUCUUUCAUUCCGGUUCCGUCAAGAGGACCGGGGGUCAGGCGAUCAGUCCAGGGGCUGGCAGGGGCUGGACCCGGCGGGGCUAGUGUCUCCAAAGGCGGAAGAAGAAUGUCUGUUUCCAUGUCAUCGAGUAAGUCGUGCGAUGAGGACUCGUCGAUACUUGGAACCUCCGCUGCUGGUUCUCCUCCUGUGUCUCCUAUCCUUCCACCACAAUGCACGGAAACGAUGGCUGGGUGUUAGCAUUAGGUUCUAAGGAUUCGAGAUCUGAAGCCGCAGACUCUGCAAUGAGUGAGGGUGAGAAUUCAACAUCUUCAGAAAAAUCCUUGGGCAGAAUGCCAUCUGGGGCCAACUCACGGUCAAGUUCUGCAUCAUCUUCGCCGGCGUCGACUCGCCGAUGGAUGUGAGACCCCACUAUGGAGCUGGCGGUGGAAGUCGGUAGUUCCGCUUGAGAGCUAGCAUGGGUUAUGCCUCACUGCCAUUGACUGCUUGCGUGCAGAUUGCAGGCAGUUCCGGCUAUGGCUAUGGAGCUGGCGGUGUAAAGUGGGCGGGUAAUUCCGACUUGUGGUGCACUGCUUGCAGGCAGUGGCUAUCUUCGUAAUUGCCACCUACCUGCGAAUGGUGCGUACGAAGUGUAUGUGCCAAGGCAUUGGCAAUGCGGCUAAAGAAGGUACACUAUUGAUAUCGGCGUACUGUUGGUUAGCUGCAAGUGUACUUGGUUGGAUGCACAGAAACCUUGCCAGCACUGACAGCGAAGAGGGGCAAUGGAGGUGUGGUGUGGAAGGAGGUGUGAAAUAUAGUAUAGUGUGAGGGUCAAGAAACAGGGAGGGGGGAGACCUUGUUGUUGUGCACGUGUGUUUUAUUACCUGAAGCGUGAAGGUGGUUAUAGUCAUCUUUGAUCGAAGCCUUGAGCGACAAGGUGCGGCAGUGCAGAUUUGGAGCGCUGCCGCAUCUGCGGCAUAAUUGCCGCUGGGCAGGAGUUUGUUGGCUUCCAGUCUUGAAAUAUACCUAUUUCAGUUAUCUUCUGUAGUUUUACAUCGUCCACGCAUAAGAUGUGUGGGUGCGUUUGCUGGCGGGCGGGUUGUUGAUAAAGUCACCUAGUUGCAAAGGAAACGAAUUGCGAAUGCAUGCAGCCAGGCAUUGAGACGACAGGCGGUUUGAGAGCACAUUCGCUCUCUCCCCUGGCAUGCUUCCCCUGGACUGUAGAAGACUGGGGGACAACAUGAGUGAUGUGAUUCUUUGUUUUGUAGUAGUUUCAUGAUGUGUUUAUUCGUACAUCAAACGUGUUUAGCAGAAAACCAAGAGCUGUGUAGAAACGCUUUCUUCUUCCAAGGUUCGACGAGGUGAGAGUUUUGACAAGGCGAAGUCAACUCGGUACGGCAUUUCGCGGUCCCAAUGGCAUCUGAACUUCUGAAGUGAUGUGCUGGUGGUGCUUUGCUGACGAUUUGAUCGAUACACAUGGCAAUUGUUGCCGAAGGAGGUGAGUAGGGAACGGUGGUGUGCUUCGCUGUCUGUGCACACAGCUGAUGUGAUGCGCUGGUGGUCCUUUGCUGACGAGUCGAUCCAUAUGCGCCUGAUGGGGUGAUGAUGUGUUGACGAUUCAAUCGAUAUGCACGGCAAUGAUCACCAGUGGGGGUGGGCAGGUUCCGACUGUGUGACCUGUGUCCUGUUCGCGUGUCAGGUGAGGAAAGUGUACUAAAUACAGUCCUCUUCGUGUAGCAAAUAAUGGGAGGGCUUAACUAUGUUGGAGACGGGGUUCGGUUGCAAGGAGCUUUGUGAUGUAUGUGUGGUAUUUAUUCUGGAGCUUAUGCCCUUACAUUUGGAGUUUCGCCUGUGCAAGUUUCAUAUCUGUCAAGGUUACCAAGACUUGACACAUUUGCGUGGAAAAGAAAGAGUGUACCGUCCUUGUGGGUUAAUGUUACGCACAUGCAACUGUUACUAAACAGUUCAUGAGUUCAAAUCCUAGUGGAUACAAUAAGGUCAGGGCCCCCGCCCUCAUGACGGGCUAUCCCCCCGCGAAACCAGACUUGACACGUUUGCCUGGCAUAUGGCGAGGAAUCUGCCUCGCUUGUUUUUUGCUGUAGAACAGACAGACAGACAGACAGCAAUUUGUCUGUUGCGGUGCUAAACCUUCCUUUCGCUGCGUCCUGACCUGGUGUCACAGAGUCCCCUGGGGAAAAGGUAUUAUUCCAUUCCUGACUCUCACUGCGAAAGCGGUUCCUGCUCAUGACUCGUAUUGAGACCGAUGCUGGUUGAUCAAGUACACAUCAGUAGGAGUGUGCGACUGCGGUGAUGAGUACUACUACUGAUUAUUACAGGUUUUGUCUCAUUUUGACCUAACCGCUGAUGUGGACGGGAAGUAGGUGAAAGGAAUAUUCCAUUCCUCACUCUCACUGUGGAAGCGAUUCCUGCUCACGACUCGUGUUGAGACUGAUGCUGGUUGAUCAAAUACACAUCAGUAGGAGUGUGUGAAUGCGGUGACGAGUACUACUACUGAUUACAGGUUUUGUCACAUUUCGAUGUAACCGCUGAUGCGGACGGGAAGUAGGCGAAAGGGAUUAUUUUUUUUAAAAGAUGGUCAGCAAUUUGUUCCGUUUGCAAGCGGAUUGUUCCAGGACCCACGUCUUGGGAACUGGGAGCGGUGGAGAGUCCGUCCGUUAUUCGAAGGCGUAGGCACCUAAACCCACCGAUUACAGAUGCUGUUCCACUAUUCUUGUUGUUGCAAGAUGGGGAGGCCAACGAGGUAGUCAGGAGAGGCAGGCAGGUGAACCAGUGCGGUGGCUGGGACAGGGGCCGCCGUUUAUGAACCGCAGGUAGCAUUUCUGAAUC